AUGGCAUCACAGACAUUCUACAAAGGGGGAGAUGGGGAGGAGGCCCUGCUGAAGAAGGAAACCCUCAAUGUCUUGAAUGCACUCAAUCAAAUGUCGAAGCCCUUUCCAAACCCCAAGUCAAUGAACAGGACCGUCACGACCAAAGGCCUCCCACUUUCCUCAAGGGGCAGUUUGGUGAACUUCUUAGAGGAGGAUGCCAUCAAUCUACCGAAGCACAUGCCAGUGGAGGAUUCUGAAUGCAGCUCCGAUGACACCAGCAUCUCCCCCAUGUCAUCUACCUUGUUGAAUCCCAUCAAGUUGGCCGUGACCCAGCCCAACAGCAGCUUCUUUGCGGGCAUGCUGGAGGGCGAGUUGAACAAACUCAGCCUCUCCUCGAUAGCCAAGGGCACAGAGAAGGGGCACCUGGCCCUCUGCCCCCAGUCUAAGUCCAAGAUGGCCCCUGGGGGCCUGCUGGACCUCGACAACCCUGAGGUGGACACAGACACGUCCUCGACGCCCUCAGAGUCCUCUGUGGUCUUGGAUGUGCCGGAGGCGCCCUUCAUCUGUGAACACACGGUCAGCGACUCCACAGCUGUGAUUUCCUGGACCUACGCCCCUGGCAAGCAGCAGGUCAGUUUCUACCAGGUCCUGUUACAGGAGGUGGUCAGGAAAAACAGCGGUGAGAUGCCCAAGGCGAAGAACCGCCCCUGGAUCUUCAAUAAAAUCCUGGGCACCACCGUCAAGCUGAUGGAGCUGAAGCCGAACACGAGUUACUGCCUCACCGUCCGCGCAGCCAACACCGCGGGGGUGGGGACGUGGUGCAAGCCCUACAAAUUUGCAACGGUGGCCACCGACGUGAACAGCUUCCCCGAGAACAACCCCAUCCAGAUUACCGUGCAGCGCAAGGAGCCCCAGCGGAAGACCGUGUCCCUCGGGCUGGAGGACAUGCGCAGGCUCGAAGAUCUGGAACACCUCUUUCCCUACUAA